AUGGCAGACCCUCAACAACCCGGUCAAGUCGAGGACGAAGACAUUGUCCUCAGCUUCUUCCCCGAUCCCCCACCCUUCUACAAGCACUUCACACCAGAAAACCUCGCCCGCCUCCGAGAAAUUGAGAAAGAAGCUGGGCUCCACGAAAACGACGACAAUGACGCCUCCUCCAGCGCCGCACCAGGAACCAAGCUCUCCCCCGAGCAAAUCCUCUCACUCCCCACCGAACUCCGCUACCUGAUCCCGCCCGAGCCCCCCGCCGAUGACGCCGAAUUCCACGUCUUUGAUACAGUCGCCAAAGCAAAAGGCACCGAUGUCUUCAUGAAGAACAUGGAAUACAUAGCCGACCAGCUAAAAAUGCAAGGCGUAUUCCAAGACUGGCAGUACGAACAACUCUACCCCAGCGAUCCUUCCUCCACAGCCUCUCAGCAACCACCUGCCUCCUCAACAAUAACAACGACAUCAAACUCUGUAUCGCUAGACAGACAAAAUUACCUUUUCAGGUUUCUGCGUAGUAUACUUUUAAGUUAUAUAUCCCUCUUGGGCAUUGUGACUUCGGACCCGGUGUCUGAGAAGAAAGAUGAGAAGUUAAAGGAUAUCAUGACCAUGGUGGCCAAUAUGCACGCGCUGAUUAAUGAGUACCGGCCGCAUCAAGCGCGACAGACGCUUAUUGAGCGGAUGGAAGAGCAGGUACGGCGCAAGAGGGCAGAGGUAGAGGGAGUACGGAAAAUGGGGGAAAAGGUACGGCAGGUGCUUGCGGGGUUUGGGGCUGUGGAUGGGGAAGAGAGGGAUGGGGUGAGGGACGCGGGGGCAGAAGGGAGUGCGGGUGUGGGGAAGGAACAAGUGAGGAGAAGGGAGGCGCAGAGGGGGGCGUGGGAGGCGCUGGAGGAGGUGCUUGGUUAA